AAUCUGUCAAUCGGUUCAGAUCCCAAACCUAUCAUUUCCUAUUUACAAUUACUUGCAUUGCCUGCCGCAUUUUACAAAAAUGUUUUCCUUCCAUGUCCAAACUUUGAAUCCAAUUUUCUUGCUUGAUCCAGCAUCUCCUGUCUAGACUUUGCAUCAAUGCGCCGCGAGCCCCCCAUAUCCUGCUCCCUGUCAAACUUGCGUUUGCUAACGUCUUCCUCGUCCAGUCGUCCGUUGCGAAUGUAUGUUGACAUAUGUUGGUCCAUUAAUGCCUUUCCACGGUGUUUUUCCUGUUAUAUCACUGUUGUGAGAUAUGAUAAUACAGAUGGAUGUGUAAUUGGUACUCACAGUGUGUCUUUUAACAAAUUCUCGAGUUCGGAGCUCUUCUUCGGUUGGUGGUCUGGGUUCGUCUUUAGGUGGUCGCUUACGCUGAGGAUAAUAUACAUUACGCCUUCAUUACCGACAUGGGCUGAAUAAUACUGCAAACUACCUUUUGGCCAGCAUUCUUUUCUCUAUCCUGCGGUGUCUCCGUCCAUCCAGAUUGAUCAAUAUCCUUCUCAGUAGACGACUUGCUGAAUUGGCGUGAUUUCAUUGACCCCAUUGCUACAAUUUUGGAGCAUUAGGUACUGUCCAGUCAGAGAGAACAGAGACUAAUGCUUUCUCACCUAUUGGUAGCCUAUUCGCUUCUGGCGGUACCAGCAUCCAAUCUCCUCUCACGAUCUUCUCGGGACGGGAUGCAUUCUCCGCUUCCUCCUUGGCUCGCCGCUCUCGUUCCUCAAAUUCUGCUAUUCGACUUUGUAGAUCGUCUAACUAGACAUAUACUUCGUAUCAACAUCACGGUGGACAACAUCAUUAUGUAAUAUUUCCACAAACCUCGUCUUCCCCAUUCCUCGGAGCAGGUUUGGGUCCCACCUCAUCGUCACUAUCUACUUCUGCAUGCUGUAAAAAUCCUGGAGGAGGAGGAGCUGCUGGACCCGCAACGAGUUUUCGUCGUGCUGGGGGAGAUGCCCCUUGCCGUUGUUUUUGACGUGCAGCGAGGAGGCGGGGAGGAAGAGACGGACCAAAGGUAUCCUCUUCGCUGCUCGAAUUGGUGCCAUCGUUUGCUGUAGCUUCCUGUUCUGGUGGGGUUGCUGUGAUGUGUGGACGCGACGGGCCGAUUUCGGGUGAGGGUGAGGGUGAGGGUGGUGAUUUUGGUCCAAUAUCUGCUUCUUCUGGGGAGCUUUCCCUACGGGACGGCGGUAACUGUGGCCCGUACAUUGUACAAAAAGGUCUUGUGGAUGCAAAAGUGUGCCAGCACUCUCCGACACACAAAAACGCAAACGCUCAUCAAAUCACGCCGAUGGCACAGCCAGCAGAAUCCCAAUUACCUGCGGACUCUCGAUUUUGCUCGUAGUUCAGUGACAACAAAAUGGACACUGCGAGCCUUCACCACACAUAUAUGCGAGCUGCGCUGGACGAGGCUGAAGAAGCCUAUUCGGUCGGCGAAGUUCCAGUGGGUUGUGUAUUUGUCCACAACAAUACGAUAAUAGGUCGAGGUCGAAAUCGGACUAACGAGUCGCUGAAUGGAACCCGCCACGCAGAAUUCGAAGCAAUCGACCAAAUCCUCCAUACCCACCCUCCGACCGUCUUUGCGGAAACAGAUCUCUAUGUAACGGUGGAGCCAUGUGUUAUGUGUGCAGCGGGGUUACGCAUACUUGGGAUACGAAAGGUGUACUAUGGAUGUGGGAAUGAUAAAUUUGGAGGAUGCGGGUCGGUGUUUGAAGUGAAUAAAGAUCAUGUUAGAUCCGAGCCAACUUACGAAGCUGAAGGAGGAUACUUUAGAGAAGAGGCGAUUAUAAUUUUGAGGAAAUUCUACGUGAGGGAGAAUGAUCAUGCACCGCAACCAAAGCGGAAGGCAAAUAGAGUCCUUAAAACGGACAUUCUGUAACCGGUUCACAGAGAUGCUUGUAGUUCUACAUCAUCACUUAAGCCGGUUGUAUAUACAUGUAGACACCUGUCAGGCAACUGUAUAAAUAAAUGCUCAAGAAUAACUACACUAUCUUGCAA